CACUAAUAGUCCAAAAGCAAGACAGAGAGGUCCUCUGCUCACCAUCUUUUUCCAAAAUGAAAUAAUAAGUGCAGGGUCUUCUGGCAAGACUUCAAGAAAAGACAGAGCCGAAGACUACAGGUUUUAUGCGGUGCAGUAACAUGAGAGGACAGAUUGCAUUGUCUGUGGUCACUGGACUCUAUCUGAUUUGUCAGGGAUCAUGUGAUUCUGAUUGUGAGAACUCCAAACACUGCUCCAAGACAGAUUGGAUACAUCAGUGGUACAUAUGGCUUGUUGUCACUGCAGGAGUUCUGCUUCUAAUGUUUGGGAUCACCUGUGCCUGCCUGCGGUGCUGGUAUCUUAGACAGCAGCGCUGCCCUGAGAGGGGAGAGCAACCUUGUGAAGUCACAGUCAUAGCCUUUGACCACGAUAGCACCAUCCAGAGCACUGUGACCUCUCUGCAGUCAGUGUUUGGCCCAGCUGCCCGCAGGAUAUUUGCUGUGUCACACUCUCAUGGCCCUUCGCCUCAGCUGACGACAGUGGGACCUGAAACCCCACCUUGUUAUGAUGAGGCCUUGCUGAUGAGUCGCUUCACAGUAGCCCGCAGUACUCAUAAGCCUUGUGUUCUUGCUCCUGUUCCUGAAGAAAGAAAUGAAAUACCCAUACCAUAAUGGACAACCCCAAGACAUUUUAAUAUAACAAAGCUUUAUUGCUAUCACA